CUAGCUGGCCGUAGUCAUGAUAGUGCAAAGAUCGCUCGACAGCAAUAAUUUCGAGAUUUAAUGACAUGAUAUAAUCGUGAUCAUGGUGUCCAGUUCAGUUGUUCUCACAGCUGGAGCAAUCACUGCAAUUUGCUACGUCGUCUAUCUGAUUGUGGGGUUACUACAAGGCAUACGCAAGCAACGAGCGGCCUUGAAACAAUGGCCAGGACUGCCAACACACUGGCUGUAUGGCAACAUUCACCAGCAUCCAAUGUUUGACGCCAAAGUGCGCAGUCAGGGUGGGGAGGAAGGCUUUCGAUUUCAUCGGGAGCUGACAGCCCGUUAUCCUAGAGGCUUCUACUUCUUCCUGGGCCCCACACGCGGCAUCUUGACGGCCAACCAUCCAGACAUCAUGAGACCAAUUAUGAAGAGUGGAGAUCCGAAGCCACUCGAACAAGGCCAGCCCAGCUACCACUUCGCCGUGCCCUGGUUAGGGGAAGGCUUACUCAUUGCUAAGGGUGACAAGUGGUUCCGCAACCGACGCCUACUCACCCCGGCCUUCCACUUUGAUGUGCUCAAGCCAUACAUGGGAGUCUUCAACGAAGCUGUGGAUAUCUUGCUGGACAAAAUGGACAGUUACGCUGAGAGUGGGGAGAGUUUUGAAGUGUCCAAGAACGUCAGCGCGUGCACCCUGGAUAUUCUCCUCCGAUGUGCCUUCACCCAGGAGAUGAACUGCCAGACCAGCGGUGAUCACCCUUAUGUACAAGCUGUGGGUGAGCUGACCGGAGAUAUAAUUGAAAGAUGCUUUAAUUUUUUGUACUACUUUGACGUCUUCUUCAACUUGUCCAGUCUGGGAAAGAAGUUCCAUAAGAACUGCGACCUUGUGCACCGAUUUGCUGACAAUGUCAUCGCUGGUCGACGUGUGGAACUGAAGGAAAAGGGCCAAGCUGCCCAGGCUGACAGUUCUUCCAGACGUAAGUACCUAGACUUCCUGGACAUCCUUCUCUCUGCUCGCGACGAAGACGGCAAGGGGCUGACGGAUCUGGAGAUUCGUAACGAGGUGGACACGUUUCUCUUCGAGGGCCACGACACCACAGCCAGCAGCCUGACCUGGAUCCUGUACUUUCUAGCACUGUAUCCUGAGCAUCAGGCAAGAGUCCAAGAAGAAAUUGACGAAGUGCUCUCGGGACGUGACUCGGACAACAUUGGAUGGGAUGAUCUUGGUAAGUUCCCGUACCUUGUUCAGUGUUUGAAGGAGUCGUUGCGCAUCUACCCACCGGUGCCGUUCAUCCAGCGAGUUAUUCAAAAUGACGUGGAGAUUGACGGCAAGAUUUUACCGGCUGGGACGACACUGGACGUGUCUGUGUACAAUCUUCAUCACAACCCGGAGAUAUGGCCCGAUCACAUGGAAUACAUACCAGAUCGCUUCUCACCUGAAAAUAUCCAGAAGAUAGACCCCUUCGCCUAUCUUCCAUUUGCAGCUGGACCUAGAAACUGCAUCGGGCAGAACUUUGCCAUGAAUGAAGAGAAGGUGCUCCUGGCCCGACUCCUGCGACGCUUCCACAUCGAGCUGGACCCGGACCACCCUGUGGUCCUGUCCAAUCACUUAAUCCUCAAAGCCCACCACGACAUCAAGAUCAAGAUCACCAAGAGGAAGCUCUGAUUUCUAAUGCCAUCCACGAGGAAAUCUUUCAACAAAUCCAUCCACUUUGCUUCAGUAGUUCCUGAUCCUUGUCCAUUCAGGAGUUGUAGAAUGAUGCUAGAAUGUUGCUAGGAUGACUAAUGCAAACAAGCGCCUUCCAAAAUCAAUUGACAGCCAUGCGAAUGCAUGCCCUCUCUACUGACCAAUUUCCUUUCCAAGACAUUUGUCAAUGCGCCCGUUUGUUUCAUUCCAGAUCCUGUUCGAUAUCAUGUGAUCCAGCGCCAUGCAAAAACAAAGGGAAAAACUUGCGUGCCGAACUCUUUAGGGCACACACGAAUGUCCUCUGCUUCGGAUUUUGAAGGCAGAAAGGCUAUUUUGUUUAUAAGCUAUGAUUUCCAGAAAAAGUAAAUCAAUUGUACUAUAUUUAAUCCUGAAAAUACACUCUGAAAGAAUUAUGAAGAAAUAUUGCUACAAAAGCUCAAUUGACGCUUCGAAUCUACUAAAUAAAGUUAUGGUUUCUCCUGUCCGUCAAACGUCAACAUCUUUGAUUUUUCGAACCCACCUUGCAAGCAGGGGCCAAUUUCACGGAGCUGCUAAGCACAAAAAUUUGCUUAGCGUGACAAUUUUUCCUUGAUAAAAACAGGAUUACCAACCAAAUGUUCAUGUGUUGUAUAUUGCUUGUGACUGGUGUUCAGCUGCUGUUCGCUUAACAUAAACAAUCCCAUGGAAUUUUGGCUGUUAACCUGUUUUUCUUGAGCAAGACAUUACUGUGCUGAGGGAAUUUUGUGCUUAGCACCUCCAUGAAAUUGGCCCCAGGAUCCGUUAAAACGUGAUCUGGAGCAGCUACAUGUAUCGACGCGUCGGAUCACCGAUCGCGAUCCGGAUCUGUGAGAAACAAACAGGCCCAAAGUAUUUGUAGCUUGGAGCUAAAUAGAUAUUAUAUCAUCGCAGCACUAUAGAAAAUAUUUUAUCUAAAUUGCAUAGUAAAUAAACUGAUAUUCUCAAACAUAACUUAAUUUUGAUUUUACUAAAGAUAUAUUGUACCAUAAGAUAUACUCGGUCUGAAAAAAAUGUAAACACUAUUGCGAAUAUUUUUUCUCAAGUUCUUUAGUUUUUUUUUAAUAGUUUCUACAAACACAAUACAAAUUUACAGUGACUUUACAGUGAAUGUCAAUAGUCGCUUUUUGUAAAGGUAAUAUUUAAGACCAAUUAACAGUAUAUAAAACAUUUGAUUUAAGAAUACAAACACAGAAAAGUUCAGAUUAAUCAUUUGUUAAGCACCAAAUUUGCCUUAACAAACGAAGUACAGCAAUUCACUAUGAAACUUUGAAAUCAGUACUGAAGUUUGCCAAUAAACACACAUUUUCUUAAAUUA